AUGGACUUUUGUGGAAAGACUAUAUUACCUAAAUACGUCUACAUUGAUGGUGAAUUUAAGGAAAAUGUAGCUAUAACAACUGAUAGUUCAGGUAGAAUCACACAAAUUGUGGAUGUUAAGGAAGCUCAAAGUUCUCUGAUCGAGCUACCUGAAUUGGUAAGUUUUUAGGUAUGAAUUUUAACAGUUACAUUAAUGUCUGGAACUUACCUCUAUUUAUUUAGUGCAUACUACCAGGUUUUGUGUCUGCCCAUUCUCACGCCUUUCAACGUGAACUACGUGGUCGUAGUGGUAUUGGUGCAGUUGGUACUCAAAACUUUUGGAGAUGGCGAGACGACAUGUACAAGUUGAUAGAACAAGCCGACUACGACAGGAUAGUGAAGUAUACGUCUAAAACAUUUAACGAGAUGUUGUUGGCAGGGAUUACCACAGUAGGAGAGUUUCAUUAUGUUCACCAUGGCACCACACCUUUCGAUCUUGAUCUAGCCAUCAUUGAAGCAGCUCAACGAACGGGUAUCCGAUUAUGUUUGAUAGAGACAUUGUAUUUGAGAGCUGGAUUCAAAGAGAACGAUGUUAACAGUCAACAGAUCAGGUUUAAAACAGACGUUAACGACCUCACAGCUCAAGUGGUAAAGUUGAUGGCAAAUCUGUCGGAUAAUGUAACUAUGGCUGUCGCUGCUCAUUCGCUUAGAGCUGUGCCAUUAGAUCAACUACAUCAGUUACAUGCUUUCGCCGUGGAGAAGAGCAUACCUUUUCAUAUUCAUCUUGAGGAACAACCGAAGGAGAUACAGGACUGUCAAUCAGCUCAUAAUUGUACUCCGAGUGAGUUGUUGCUGGCUACAUUACCUGGACUAGACCCUCAUACUACUCUGGUGCACUGUACGUACACAGACAGGUAUGUUUUUGAUAUAUAUUUGAUAAGUUAUGUGAAUUCAAACGUAUAUACGAGACAAUGUUUUUUUUCGAAUUUAGGAAAUCAUUGGAUGAGUACGCCCGUAGGGGAGUAAAUGUGUGUAUUACUCCAACUACUGAAGGCUUUCUUGGUGACGGUAUACCAAAUUUGUCAGAACAUGAUUCAAUAUCACUUGGGACGGAUUGCAACAAUCGAUUGUGUUUUUUGGAGGAAAUGAGGUGGAUGACCUUUUGUCAAAAUGUAUGUUCUUAACUAACUUUUUUUUACUUUAGAUGACACAUUUUGUCUAUAUUUUUCUGUUUUUUUUUGGUUGAACGGUUGGAAAAGCAUUGCCAUAAAGUCGAUUUUAGACUAAAACAAACACUCGGAAUCAUGCUGGUUUCGAUGCGAAGAAACUUCUGAAGUGUGCUACUGAAAAUGGAGCCAAAUCGUUGAAGUUGGAUCAAAAAGUCGGAGAACUAAAGCCUGGAUAUUACCUAGACUUUGUAGCGUUUAAUUUGAACUCUCCACGCUUAAAAGACAUUCCAGGAGCAGACUUGGCUGAUGCCAUCGUCUUUGGAGCUGGCAAUUCUGACAUAGCGAUUGUUGUUGUUGGGGGAAAGGAACGGGGACAGUUUUAG